AUGACCCAGAGCACAAACGCCCCGCUUACCCUAUACUCAAGGGUAGAAGUUGACAAACCAUUCAGCACCUUGAGUGAGAAGUAUUAUGUGUCCCAACCUUACAAUCCUCAUAUUCCUAUAUUGGGUAACAUUCAUCGUGGGAGUUUCCCAAGUUAUGGUAUAGAUAAUUAUGAUUAUUAUAAUGGAGAGAAUUUUCACAGUAAAAGAAUAAAAGUAAACCAAGAUCCUAAACCGGAAGUAGCUAAAACGGAGCAAGUUGAAAAUAAUGCGGAGAAGCUGGGCACCACAAACAACAUGUUGAGUUUAUUUCAAGUGGUUAUGAUUAUCGUUCUGUUGAUGCGAUUAGGAAGGAAUGUAUCUACGAGACUCAGGAGGAAGCACGAAGAGAGAAAGAAGCUAUUAAAAUUCCUGGACAAUGAGAACAAAAAAAUUAGAAUUGAUGAUAAAUUGAUGGCAGAGAAGCUCAAGAAAUUGGAGCAUAAAAUACAAAAAGAAGAAGAAGAGAUGGAAGUAAAAUGGAAAGAAAUAAGAGCAAAACUCAAGGCAAAAAUAAAAAAAAAUCCAUCAAAAAACCGUUUGCCUGGUAUAGGCCCAUACUAUGACAAAGACAAAAUGCGUUUGGAUCGGAAAAUGGACGCUGUAAAUAUCAAUUAUGAGAAGUAUAAAUUGAAAAAGGAGAAGCGGUGGCAUGCUAUGAAAGCAGCUUAUCAUAAGAAACUCAACAAGAUGCAUGAUAAACAGAGUAAGCGCAAACGGAGAAAGUGCAAACAAAUGUUUCUGUUUGAAAGGAAAUGGAAUUUUGGACCGCGGACAAUGAAAGAAUACUUGAAGCUAAAAGAAGAAGAAUGCAAUAGAGCUAAUGACCCUUACACAGGGUUAAAUUUAAAGGAAGCAGCGACUGCAGCGGCAGAAACAGCAGAGACGACGGAUACAACGGACGCGACAGAAAAGGCUGAAGUGGAAGAGACAGCAGAAGAAAAAGAAACGGCUGAAACUGAAAAAACGGUCAAAGGGCAAGAAAGCCAAGAGCAAGCCAAACAGCAGAAAAAGGGGGACAAGGCUGAAGGACGAGAAGCGGUUAAAACUGAAGAAAAAGCUGAAGAAAAGGAGAAGAAAGCAGAAAAGGAGGAAGAGAACGAUGAGGAAUAUGAAUACUAUGUUGAUGAAGACUAUGAUGACUAUGCAGAUUAUGAGGAUGAUGUGAACUAUUACAUGAAUUCCGAUGAUGAAUAA